UAUUAAAAUCCCUGAAAUCAGGGACUCGUGAAACCAAUAAACACACUGUAGUCUCAGUAGAGUUAACCCAAAGUGUUUGAAUUCAAAAAGGCGAGCUGCGCAGUGCGGAGAGAGAGAGAGAGAGAAUGGAGAGGACAACGCCUGUUCGGAAGUCUCACACCUCCACUUCAGAUCUGCUCACCUGGACGGAGUCUCCGCCGUCCCAAGCUCCCUCCUCCGCCGACGUCUCUCGACCCGCCGCCCGUCUUAACCAGCCAUCGGACGGAAUUGGUAAGGUGCUGUUUGGAGGUCAGAUCACCGAUGAGGAAGCUGAGAGCCUUAACAAAAGGAAGCCUUGUUCUGGAUAUAAGUUGAAGGAGAUGACGGGCAGCAAAAUAUUUUCUGCCAAUGGUGAAGAGGAGUCAACAGAAUCCGGAGCUUCUGAUGGUAACUCAACCAAUCGAACUUCAGUCCGCAUUGUCCAGCAAGCUGCAAAUGGGAUUAGUCAGAUCUCGUUCAGCACCGAAGAAAAAAUCUCUCCUAAGAAACCAACCACAAUCCCUGAGGUGGCAAAACAGCGUGAACUGAGUGGGACCUUGCAAAGCGAUUCGGACAGCAAAGCUAAAAAGCAGCUUUCGGAUGCUAAGUGCAAGGAAUUAAGUGGGACCGACAUUUUUGGCCCACCUGCUGAGAUCCCUCCUCGCUCAUUAGCUGCUUCACGUACUCUUGAGACUAAAGAAAUCAAGGACAUGGGUGAACCCGCGCCACGUAGCGUCCGCACGUCUGUCAAAGUUUCUAACCCUGCUGGGGGGCACAGUAACAUAUUGUUCGGGGAUGAGCCCGAGGUGAAGGCCACGAAGAAAAUCCAUAACCAGAAAUUUGCCGAGCUUAGUGGGAACAAUAUUUUCAAGGGGGAUGUGGGCCAUGGGUCUGCCGAGAAGUCCCUGAGUGUGGCUAAGCUUAGAGAAAUGAGCGGCAGUGACAUUUUUGCAGAUGGGAAAGUCGAGGCUAGAGACUGCUUGGGUGGGGUCCGCAAGCCACCUGGCGGCGAAAGUACAAUUGCCUUGGUUUGACUUUUUUGUGGCUUGCUUUUACUUAACGAACGCUGGAAAAAAUGUGUACUCUUACUAUUAUGUUGACUAAUUCCGGGGUGUGCUGCCGGAUAAUGUAUGAAAACCUUGGAGCCAACUUUGUUGAACUGGAUU